CAGUGGAGACUUGCCAGUUAUUGAAUACAGCAAUUGUAUUUCAGUCCCAGAGCCUGGAUGCUAUGCUUUAGGUUGAUAGAAACUAAAAUGUCACUGUCCAUUUUUGCAGCAUAGAACCAGAAUCCAGAACUGAAACCUCAGGACUUCUGGGUUGACCUACAUAGGAUAUUAUGUCUCUGCAUCUAUUACAUGAUAGUAAUUUAAAGAAAUGAAAAUGCUUUUAUUUUCCCAGGUUACCAGAAAUAAAUCUGAGUCUAUUGUCAUGGUCUCUGACAUUGUUUUACUUUGGAAAUCAGGGAAGGUUAUUUUUUAUUCCAACCCAGUGAAAUGUUGGAAAGAAAUUAUCUGUAGGGGCCAGGAUAACUCUCUGAAAACUGAACGGAAUGGGGCCAAAUUGGGUGUGUUUGGAGCAGUUGAUAAAAGAAUGAUUAAGCUUGAAAAUGGACUGGAUCAGAUAUGUGGAUGUGGAGGAAAAAUCCAAAAUACAUUGUUAUGGGAGAGAUAGUUGGACAGCAUAUUGGAAUGUUGAUGACUACUACUUUCUAAAUCCCCAUCCUUUUUUCCUUCCAGCCUCUCUCCCAGAGCAAAGCACACAUAUAAACAAGUAUAUAGCCACUGCUGGUAAGGAGGUUGGAAAGAAUUCCAGAAGCCACGCUCUACAUGUUUUAUCUACCUUGUUUAUUAUGGCAACAGUGUGUCAGCAUUUAAAUUAAAUGUUAUAGAUCUGCAUUUGAGAAAUGCCAACAGUUACUCAAAUUUUUAAACAGCAGCUAUCCUUAGUUUAAGAGCCAAGGGUGUUGCCCCAUUAUUCUAUAAUAAUAAUCACAACAGAAUUUUUUCCUUCCUCAGUUUCACUUUAGUCUCAUCUACUUGUUGAAACUUUGGAAUGUUGCCUUCAGUGCAGGGGUCAGCAACUUUUUGAGCUAAGGACACAUUUGGAAUUUUGAGAACAUAUGAGGGACCCACUGUCCAACUGGCUACUUUAAUGGAAAUAGCCAGUCACAAAAUAGUCACAGAAUAGAAGGCAAAGUGGGUGAUUCUCAACCAUGCAAGGCGCUUAAGCAUGGAUGGUAGGGCCUUUGUGAUAUCCAACAGCAUUUCUGGAAAUACUGGAGGCUGGUGCUUUAUUUUGUAGCAUAACCACACUAAACUUUAAAAUGUUGGUGGGGCAGGAAUCCUGAAGAGAACCAAGUGGGCUUAUUGGUGUCAGUGCACUCCAGGUUAUCUACUGCUGCCUAAGUGUGUUUCAAUUGACACAGCAAGCUAUUUUUGCAAUAGCUGACCCACUACAGCACUGGAAGAUAAUUUGAUUGGAGAUUAUUCGAUAUACUACUCCUUGUGAGCAGUAGAAAGCAUCUGUUUAUAUUAGCAGAGGGUACAUGAUGGCUGAUUCUGUUAUUCCAUGCUUACAAAUAUCAUCCUUCCCCAAUAUGGUGCCUUUCAGAUAUGUUGUGACUGCAACACCUGGAAUUCCCAGCUAGCUUAAGUGCCCUGAGGAUUUAUGGAAUUUAACUCCUAGGAUUCCCUAACUAGCUAGGCUGUUGCUGAGAAUUCUGGGAGUGGAGUCCAUACCAUCAGGAGAGUGCCUAGGAUGGGAAAGAAAGGUGGCAACCAGAAGACAAUUGUAUCUCAGGGAGGGAAACUGCAUAGGUUGGCCACAGCCCUCUGAAGGUGAUGGUCUGGAGAUGAAGACACAGUCCCAAAAGGUGCAUCUCUGAUGCUUCCUUGGUUCAUGGCAAGAGGAGACAGCCUUCCAGGGAUGGGUAACCAUGAGAAAGAUCCGUCAUCUCCUAAAAGGGCACCACCCCCUUCCCGGUCCAACAGCACUGUGUCUUCCAAACACAGCAUUGCUUGGCAGAGCUCAGAAAGCUGGGAAGUGAUAGAUGAGCUGCACAUCCAUAGCGGGGUCGUCCAGCAUCCAGAAAGGCAGGAGGGCUACCUGCUAAAGAAGCGAAAAUGGCCCCUGAAAGGCUGGCACAAGCGUUAUUUUGUUUUGGAAGACGGCAUCCUGAAAUAUGCCACAACGUGCCAAGAUGUCUUGAAGGGGAAGUUACAUGGCUCCAUAGACGUUUGUUUGUCAGUCAUGUCGGUCAACAAGAAGGCCCAACGUGUGGACUUGGACACAGAAGAUAAUAUUUAUCACCUUAAGAUAAAAUCCCAAGAGCUGUUCAAUAAUUGGGUUGCAAAGCUGUGCUUGCACCGACAAGUGGAGAAAUUGGAUGCAUCCCAAAGACAGUUCCUGACAGGUGGCGAGAGAGCUUCUCAUCCCUCACAAGCCUGCAGCUCACGGCACCACAUUCUGAUGUCAGAAAGUGCCCCUGCCUUAUCUUCACUGGCCAGUCCCCGGGAAAAGGUGAAUUCUUGGCUCAGUGCCAGCAAAGGGCUGGACAAGUGCUCAGCAGAACUCUCAGAAUGUCAGGGAAGGCUUCAAGAGCUCAGCCGUAUGCUACAAAGUUUGGAAUCUCUCCACCGCAUUCCCUCUGCCCCUCUAAUCUCCAGUAGUCAGACCUCAACAGGAACAGAAAGACCCAGAAAGGCAAAGAGAUCCACCCGGAUUUGGUGCACUCAGAGCUUUGCAAAGGAUGACACCAUAGGCAGGCAGGUGGGACGCUUGCAUGGCUCCGUUCCCAAUCUCUCACGGUAUUUUGAGUCCUGUCAGAACCAGGCCAUCUUUAGCGUACCUCCAGAGUAUAGUCAACUGCAAAGAAGUUUCUGGAUCUUAGCUCAGAAAGUUCAUGGUUCUCUCAGCAGCGUGCUGGCUGUGCUGACCUCCGAGCGUGACCAUCUCCAAGAAUUGCAGCGGACGUUAGAUCUGCAGCGUGUCACUCUGUCUUCUGCACAGGAUGGCCAUGGAGGUGGCAUCAACUCUACUACAGCUGGUGCUUCUCUGCAGACUCUUGACAAUCCUGAAUGUAUUCGCCGCUUCCAUUCUCUCUCUGUCUCCUCAGAUACUACCCUGGAUUCUUUUGCCUCAUUCAGCGCCGAUGAGCCAGAUGCUCUCUUGGUUAAGGGACAGGAGCAGCAGCUCUCAAAUUGCAGCAUUGUGUCUCUUUCGGAUUCACACACUGAGUUCUUUGAUGCCUGUGAGGUAUUCCUAUCAGCCAGCUCAUCUGAGAAUGAGGGCACAGAUGAUGAAUCCUGUGUCAGCGAAGUCACCAACAGUAUCUUAGAGGAGAUGGUAGAUAUGCCAGGAAGUUCUGACCAUUGCCACAAAGUAGGCUCAGGCCCUAUGCAGUGUAUUGGGAACUCUUCCGAGAUGAGCCUAGGUUUGCCAGUGCCGCCGCCUCUGUAUCUUCCUGGGCCUGGACCUGGGAUAUCUCGGAGGAACUGCCUGCCAGCCUCCCACAGCCAUGCCAAUGACAUCAGUGUCUGGAACAUUCUUCGUAACAACAUUGGCAAGGAUCUCUCCAAGGUGUCCAUGCCAGUGCAGUUGAAUGAGCCGCUCAACAUGCUGCAACGCCUUUGUGAAGAGUUGGAGUACAGUGCCCUGCUGGAUGCGGCCAGCCGCAGUCUGGACCCCUGUGAAAGAUUGCUCUGCAUAGCUGCUUUUGCUGUAUCUGCCUAUGCCUCUACCUACUACCGUGCUGGCAGCAAGCCAUUCAACCCUGUGUUGGGGGAAACAUAUGAGUGUGUCCGUCCAGACAAGGGGUUUCGUUUCAUAAGUGAACAGGUGAGCCAUCAUCCUCCUGUCUCUGCCUGCCAUGCGGAGUCCGACAAUUUCAUUUUCUGGCAAGACAUGAAGUGGAAAAAUAAGUUCUGGGGCAAAUCCCUCGAGAUAAUUCCAGUUGGUACAGUGAAUGUCCAGCUUCCCAGGUUUGGGGAUCACUAUGAAUGGAACAAGGUGACUUCUUGCAUUCACAAUAUCCUGAGUGGUCAGCGUUGGAUUGAGCAUUACGGUGAGGUGUUGAUUCGAAACACAAGAGACAGCACAUAUCACUGCAAGCUUACUUUCUGCAAAGCACGCUACUGGGGCUCCGGGAUCAACGAGGUGCAGGGUGCCAUUCACAGCCAUAAUGGCAAAGUUGUCCAUCGACUCUUUGGGAAGUGGCAUGAAGGGUUGUAUCGUGGUGUUGCUCCUGUUGGCAAAUGCUUCUGGAAGCCCAACCUCAUGCCCCGAGACCAAGAGAAGAACUAUGGGUUCACUCAGUUCGCCCUGGAGCUGAAUGAACUAACACCAGAGCUGAAGCGACUCCUGCCAUCUACGGACACAAGGCUGAGGCCUGACCAACGGUACCUGGAAGAGGGAAAUGUGCAGGCUGCUGAGUCUCAAAAACGACGGAUUGAGCAGUUGCAGCGAGACCGGCGUCGAGUGAUGGAAGAUAACAAUAUUCUGCACCAGGCACGCUUUUUCAGGUGGCAAGUGGAUGCCAAUGGCAAGGAAUCUUGGGUAAGCAACAACACCUACUGGAAGCUGAGGACAGAGCCAGGCUUCAGCAAUAUGGACAGUGCAGUCUUGUGGUAGCUGCUAGCAUCUGCAAGAGCAGCAGUGCCUUCCCACCAUCUCCCAAAGUCGGGGAGCAGACAGCAAGGGUCUCUUGCUGGAUAAGCACAAAGUGAUCAAGGCAUGUAACCCUGGAAUACCAGCAGCUUAUGAAGGAAGGGGACACUGUCUCUUAGGUGGUGUGCCAUCCACUUCCAAAGCAGCACUCUUAAGAAAGACAACCCAUGCCCAUCUGCCAUGCUUGCACUGCUGCCUGCUGGUUAGGCAGACAUUGGUGGACCCCUGGAUUGUCACAAAUGAAGAUGAUAACAGGAAGCACUUUAAUCUCGCUUGGAUCUUGAUGAACAAAGCUAGUUUGAUAAGGCUUGUCAAACGGAUUGCUCCAAAGCACUUAUAAAUAGGAGGUUCUACUUUCAAAGCCUGCCUUUUGUUCAAGUAACAGCAACACCCAACAGCAAUGUGUGCUGGGAGGGUACUAUCUGGGGGUAGGAGGCACUGGAGUGAUUGUUUGCACAAAGGAGUUAGGGGACUGAAAGUUUGGGUCUUCUGACUACCUGGCAGUGCCCUUCUGGGGUGGCUGCUUUCACACACACUUCUACUAUUUUUAAAUUUGUACACCACAUUCCUUUGAAAGGAGUUGGAUGCUGUCUAAAUCAGCGUUGUUUUGAUGAAGUAUGGCCUAGCUGAGUUAGAAGUUCUGUCUCUGGAAGCAGAUUGGAUUUGCAGCAGCCCUCUGAAGAAAGCUCUUCUUAAGGCCUUGGUGGAACUUUGACCUCAGCUGGAGUGAUGUUCCCUCCACCCCAAAGAUGCCAGAUAUUUGCUGUCUAAAUGGUACCUCUGCCUGGGCAAAACCAGGAUCUCUUUCAGGCAGAAUGCCUUAAGAAAGCACCUCUUGGACUUUGCCUGCACCCCUUCCUUAUUCCAAUGUUUUGUAUGGUCUGUCUUCCUUUCUUCCUCCUUUGUGAGAAAUACGUUUCCCCUCUGCUCUGCUCCAUUUCCUUCAGCGUUUGAAGCAAUAAUUAAAACAGGUGGGUGGAGGAGACACUUUGGUGCUCCUAAGUGAGGGAUUGUGGAUUCCUCUAAUAGCUCUUUGUAGCUCAGGGCAGGGUCUGUCAGAGGUGUGAUUGUACUGAGCGAAGGAAGGUGGAAAGACUGUGUAUGACAGACCCUGGUGUGGCAUGAAAAUUGAAGGCGAGUGUAGGCUGGUUGAUAAGAGUGGUUGGAGAGGAAGCAUGAGUGUUCUUGUUUUGGGUUUCUCCUGUGGAAGCAAAAUAAAGCAAAGCAUGGCAAGGGUAUAGUAUGGUGUGAGUUCUGGGCACCUGGGUCUGUCUUCUAAUGGGUGGAGCAAAGGAGGAAGAAAACUGUACCUACCUAGCUUUCAAGUCGUCAUGCAACAACAGCCCAGCAGCUGUACUCAUGAGAUUGCUGGGUACUUGACAGUCCUACAGUUCAUUGAGCCCUGGAUGGGUCACUAUUCAGGUUAGGAUUUAGCUUGGUUUGCUCAGGAUUUGUCUGAGGUUACAUUCACAAUUAUUUUCCUGGUUUAUGUUUGCUUUGUUUUAUUCCCCAUCCCCUGUUCCAAAGCACUCCAAACUUGGGGAAAGGAGGUGACUGGAAAUUAUCACACGUUUAUGAUGCUACCAUGUUUGGGCACAGUAUUAGACCUGUGCUAGGCUGCGGCCUCAGGACCACCUCCCAUGUCCUUACGCUUUUUAAAUGCUUUCUCAGCAUUAAAAAACUGUGCCUCCAAUGUUGUAUUGUUUCUCUACAGCAUUAGUGGAGAAUUUCAGGGCAGGGCAGGAUAGCCUAAUGUUUACAUAGCUUUAUGUUUUGGUUUUUUGGUGUUAGACGGAGUCUUUUACCACAGAUCAUUAGGGAGGAAGGCCUUGUUGCUGGCACUGCUGGGUUGCAGAAUAUCAAACACCAUGCUGAUCAGUGCCCACCCACCCCCCGCAACAUUGGGCACACUAACAUCUUUCUUGGCUUGUUUAUUAACCCAGCAUAGCAUUUAUGUGUAUCUGAAGGGGACGGCAUCAUUCACUGAAUUCCUGGAAAGUACUUUGGCUUCCAAAUUUGCUGUGAGCUAUUGUGGAUUGGUUUGUUCAAUGUUUGGGUAAAGUAGUGUUGAGUCUUCAGUCUGACUCUGAGCUUGUAAGAAAAGUCCUGGAAGGGUUUAUUUCCAUGUGAUUCCCAUAUUACAUUGGGGGCCAAGAAGCUCUUUUAGCUUGUGGGGUUCAGUUUGGAUCCCUUUAUUUGUGCUAUUUGAUACAAUGGAUGUGGUGACUGCUGCAUGCAGGGGAGAAUGUUGUUUUCCCUGUGACCUGCACCUAAAAAUUCAAUCAUACACAGUCCGAUAGAUGUCCUCUGUGUGAGUCUGUCCCUCUCUGUGUGUUCGAGUGUCCUUAAUGUUUUGUCUUUCCAAAGUGCAGGUCCAACCUGUGCUCAUUUGCCUCUUCCGGCUGGUCCGGUCCCAAGUCGCUGUUCCAUCUUUUAUGUUCAUGUUAAUUGGCCUCUGACCUUGUACUGUAGCUUGAACAAUCCAUGGCAUGUCUAAUUAAAAAGAGUUUGGAAAGU